AUGCUGUUCUUCGCUCUUCUUGCACCUCUCCUCCAGCUCGCGAUUGCUGCCCCUGCUGCGGACGUGGCAGCAUCAAACAUCAACGAUGUCCUUGGGAAGCGUGGCGAUGGCUCGGGCGUACACCUUGUGAACUGCGAUGGUUUUUCAGGCGAGGGCACGAUUUUACCCAAGAGUUCCCACGUUGUUUUCUGCCAAAACGAUGGCAACUGCAACUUCCAGCCCUCCGGAGACAACAUAUGCACUAUGGGACAGAACUUCUGGUUCCAAUGGGAGGGGCAAGCUCAGGCCUGCACAUUCUCUUCUGGCGCUCGUUUCUCUUGGUUUGUUAACGGCGACGCCCAGUCGCAGCCAAACUUCCAGCAUGUUGGCGAUGGUGGUAACCAAUUCCGGGCAUACGCAGGUUUCAAGGACGACAAGCACACAAUGUUCUCCCUGGGAAAUGGCCAAUGCCAUUCCAUCUACUACUUUGUCUAA